CCUGCUGGAGCCUGGAGCGGUGGGCGCCAAUGGCCAGCGCGGCGGAGACCAGCUGGACCCCCGGGGGGCCGGGCCCGGCCGAGCCUGAGGAGGCAGUCAGCUGGCGCUGCUCGGAGCACAGGGAUCGCCCUGUGGAGCUCUUUUGUCGCCGUUGUGCCCGCUGCGUGUGUGCGCUCUGCCCGGUGCUGGGCGCACACCGCGGCCACCCGGUGACUCUGGCGCGGGAGGAGGCGACGCGCGUGCAGAAACUCAUCCAAGAAUGUCUCGAGCAUUUGGCGACCAAGAAGCAGCAGUACACUGGCAACAUAACACAGAUAGAAGGUGCCACUGAGAAGCUCAAGGCUCAUGCAGAGUCAAGUAAAGCCUGGCUAAAGGAGAAAUUCACUGGACUCAGAUUGCUACUUGAUGAAGAGGAAGUGCUGGCCAAAAAGUUUGUUGAUAAAAACAUGCAGCUUGCGCUGCAGGCGUACAGGGAGCAAGUUGAGUCUUGUGAAAAGCAAGUUGACACCAUGAAUGACAUCUCCAGCAGGGUCUGCAGCAUUGGCCAGGAGCCCAACCCCAUUCAGCUGCUGCAGGCAUAUACGGCCAUUAAACUGGAGAUGCUACGACACAUGAGCCUCGGGGAACUGAGCCACCCUGUGCCCCUGUCCUUUGAGCCUGUCAAGACCUUCUUCACGGACUUUGCAGAAGCCAUGCAGAGAACGUUAGAGACACCACUGGAUGUUCGCCUGAAGGAAAACUUGAAAUGCCAGCUGUCCAGCUCCUCCAGCAACAAACCAGGUACCUUGCUGAAAACAAGCCCUUCACCAGAGAGAUCGCUCCUCUUGAAAUACGCACGCACGCCCACGCUGGAUCCCGACACGAUGCACGCGCGCCUGCGCCUCUCCGCGGACCGCCUGACUGUGCGCUGCGGCCUUGUGGGCGGCCUGGGGCCGACCCCGGCGCAGCGCUUCAGCUCGCUCUGGCAGGUGCUGAGUCGCGACUGCUUUGCCGCCGGCCGCCACUACUGGGAGGUGGACGUGCAGGAGUCGGGCUGCGGCUGGUGGGUGGGCGCCGCCUACCCGUCCCUGCGGCGCCACGGGGACUCGCCCGCCGCGCGUUUGGGCUGCAAUCGCCAGUCCUGGUGCCUCAAGCGCUACGACCUCGAGUACUGGGCCUUCCACGACUGCCAGCGCAGCCGCCUGCGGCCCCGGGAAGACCUGGACCGCCUCGGCGUCUUCCUGGACUACGAGGCCGGCGUCCUCGCGUUCUACGACGUGACAGGCGGGAUGCGCCACCUGCACACCUUCCACGCCACCUUCCAGGAGCCCCUGUACCCGGCCCUGCGGCUCUGGGAAGGGGCCAUCAGCAUCCCCCGGCUGCCCUAGGCGCCCCCAGGGUGCAUC